GAGUAGAGUUGUUGAUUGUUAAGUCGUAAGUGGUGCGUGUGCGCAGUACUCAGUCUUGUUGGAAAAUCGUUAACGAAAUUGGCGUGCUCUGCAGUUAUGUUUCAUUCGUUGAAUCGGUCUCUACCGCACAGUUUCAGUUGCUUACAAUUUUAUUAUUAUUAUUAUUAUUGUUUUUUUUCCUCGGUUUUUCCAUUUCAUUUUUGAUAUCACUGGUUCAUUAUUCCAAGAGCUUAAUCAAUUUAAUGCAGUGAAGAAAAAAAAGUACAUCCAAUUUUCUUCAGCUUAGUUUGUUGGUAAAAGUGUUGAUUGUGAAAUGAAGCCAACAUUGGCCAAAGUGGUGGAUGCUCUUCAUUGUGCACCAGCACACACUGACAAUUGAUUGUACAUAUUUGAUCGAAGGCGAUUGUGUAGUAGGGGGAGGGAACGAUCAACUCUAUCUUUCUUUUCUUCAUUUCAUUUUUACCAAUUUAUUAAAAUGAGAAAAUUAUCCCGAAAAACCAGUUGAAGUGAGUUAUUACGGCGAAUUAUUUGAAAGUUGACACCAUCUGAAGCACAACUCGUUUGUUUGCUGGUCAAUUUGCUUUGUGCACAGAGAAAAUUUGCGUUGCUCACCACUGUAAUCAAUCAUACUUGGUUCGAAACGUUUUGAUUGAUUGUCACCAGCCCGCUUCAAAUCAGCUCCAACAAGCAAGGUCUUUCAAAUCGAUGGUGUGCCGUCGUGCGUUCACUGCUUGAAUUGGAACGAAAAUCGGACCGUUCGGAUUGUUGUUUCGAUUGUGUGCUGUGUAUCGAUCGAACAUCGAUAAGAGUUAAGUCAUUAUCAUAUUGAAUGUGAUGCGAAUGGCUAAAACGCCUGAUCAACGAAAUCGACUCACUGACUGGGGGUACCUCGUUUCUCAUUGUUGUUGUUAUUGUAAUCGAAACCAUGUAGCAUUCGUUUCAAUGCUGUAACCGAAACGAGCCAGCUCCAAAAACGAUUCAUCGGUUGAAUAGAGAAAGCGCAUACGCCAACAAAAACCAUUCGUAAUCGGUCGGUUUUGUUAUAUUGCACCGAGCGAAGCAGCAGCAGCAGAGUGUUAAGGUAAACCGACUGCGAGUGAAGCGAUUGUGCGCCAAGCUUAACGCACAUAUAUAUGCAUACAGCGUCGAUUUGAAGCAUUCAAACGCAGGUAAACAUUCACGCAGCGGGAACGAGAUAGAUGAAAUAAAUCAUAAAGCAAAAAAAAAAACAACCAAACUCCACUGCGACAACGCGCGCGCGUUCGCUACACAUAAAAUUCAAAGCAACACACAGCCCAAGCGAUCGUUUCGGCCGAUCAUAAGGUGUGUGAAAGUAGAAAACAUCCAAACAGAUUCGCGUUGAACGUCGUACGGUACAGAAGCACCAAAUCGUUUUGUCUGCUGUGCUUUUUCCACAAACGAAAAGUCUUUAGAAGAAAACAAACACGGUCUGCAAAGAUAAAACACACAUACAUCGAAUUCAGAUUCAGCAGCAAUCUGUUAACAGCGGCAAUAAGAAAAGAAACUCUUCAGAUUGUUUCUCUUCAAUGGCAUUUUAUUUGAAUGAUCAAAGUUGAAAUAAAAAUUUAACGAUAAUUUUGUGCAAAAAUUUAUUUUUGUAUGUAUAGUGACAGUUGAACCAAAAAUAGACUGCAUUUUCAUUUUCGAUUCGUUUAAGUGUAUUUUAAAUGGUUGUUGAUCAUCGCAAUACGAGAAAGACUACACACAAACGAACAUACACAUACAAGCGCACGCAUUCAGCUAUAUUCAGUGAGAGAAAAUUGUAGACAGAAAAGAAAUUGAGAAAAAAAACAAAACAAACAAAUUGAAAAAAAGCACAGUAAAAAAAAGGUUGAAAAUGAAAUCAGACCAAACCAAGUAAUUGUGGUUUGAAGAAGGUGUGUUCGAUGCUGUGAUUAAAUACUCAUAAGAACUGUUUUGAAGUAAAAAAAAGCAACAACAACUGACAACCGCUAUUCAUUCCGUUGACACCACAGAAACGUUGGUAAAGACAAUAGCCAUUGUAAAGUGUGACAUACAACUUAGAGAGAAUCAACUGACAUCUUAAUUUGAAUUAAAGAAAAAAGAAGAAAAAUAAGGCAAAUUCAACAAUUGACUUUGGAAAACGACGAAGACCACGAAAACGACGACGACGAAAGCGCCGACAACGAUCCUUCCAAAUAGAGUUAAUGUGACCGAAAAUGCGACGAAUUGGCUGCAAAAAAUCCAUUUUCGAUUCUACAAAUGCCUCAUAUGUGAUAUUAGCGGUGAUCGUUGCGUUGAAUGCAAUAGCAACAGAUGUAGCAGCGAGAUGGCCGACACAACAGCAAGAGCUUCAAGAUGAGCUGAACGACAUGAAAAUUUUGAAUGCGGUGCAACAGUCAAUGCACGAUUAUGAAAAAUCACAUCGUCAUCAUCGGCAAAAGCGGGCCGAAAAGCGGGUGUGCUACGGUGAAUUGGGCUGUUUCGAAGACUCGGGCCCAUUCGGUUAUUUGGAUAUGUUACCACAAUCGCCUGAAGAAAUUGGCACCAAAUUUAAUUUCUAUUCCACGGAAAAUCGCAGCGACAAGCCUUUGUUUGAAAUUCCAUACCUCAACAUGAGUCGCAUGUUUUACGAGAUCAGCCAUGAUAAAGACAAUACCACUGAUUCUCGAUUCCCAAGCAAUUCAUCGGAUUUAACGCCCGAAUUAAUGAAAAAUAUCAUCAUGUUGAAAGCAUUCGAUGGCUUCGAUCGGAUGUCGGUUCGAGUGAUUGUGCAUGGAUUUGGUGCGGCUUGCCAUCAUGUGUGGAUUUAUGAAAUGCGAACCGCUUUGAUGGCAGUUGAAGACUGUAUCGUGAUUUGCGUCGACUGGGAAGCUGGAGCCAGUUUACCGAAUUACGUGCGAGCUGCUGCAAAUACCCGUUUGAUUGGCAAACAAUUGUCAUUUUUGAUGAAAAACCUUCAAGAGCAUAAAAAAUUGGAUUUGAACCGCGUGCAUAUUAUUGGGUUCAGUUUGGGUGCCCAUGUGAGUGGCUUUGCUGGUUCAGAGCUACCCGGUUUGAGAAGGAUCACAGGUUUGGAUCCAGCUGGCCCAUUAUUCGAAUCGCAGCACAUCAAAGCCCGUUUGGAUAGUAGCGACGCGAAUUUCGUUGACGUCAUUCACUCGAAUGGCGAAAACUUGAUUCUUGGUGGAUUAGGAUCAUGGCAACCAAUGGGCGAUGCUGACUUUUAUCCGAAUGGAGGCCGCGUACAGACUGGAUGUUCGAACAUUUUCGUGGGUGCUGUUACUGAUUUUAUUUGGUCGCCGAGUGUUGUUGAAGGUCGAUCGCUGUGCAAUCAUCGACGUGCAUACAAAUUCUUUAUCGAUUCAAUUGCAUCGAAAUGCUUGUUUCCUGCCUUCCCAUGCGACACUUACGAUGAUUUCCUGAAAGGAAAUUGUUUCCCAUGCGAUGAAUCCAAUUACAAUGACUCGCGCUGUGGAAACAUGGGCUAUUACGCGGAUAAAUCAACGGGACGCGGGCAAUUGUAUUUGAUAACGAGAGAAGAGGAGCCAUUCUGCGCGCAUCAAUUCCACAUUGAAAUUCAUACGUCCGAAAGUGAUUUGCCAUUGCGAACGAUUGGCAAAAUCGAGGCAACACUUCACGGUGAACAUUCGUUGAACGAAACGUUCAGUAUCACGGACAAAGAUGAUGCUGAAUUGUUUGCUGGUGAUGUAAUAUCUCGAAUUUUGGUGCCACAUCCGGCGCUUGGUUUCCCAAAAAGUGUUUCGUUAACGUACAAAACGUACAGCGGUUGGUUGAGCAAAGGACUGCCCCAUUGGAAUAUCAAUAAAAUUGUGUUGACCGACUAUUACGGCAACAGCUAUUCGAUGUGUCAAAAUUAUAUGCUUCUGGAAUCGGGAAAUCCAAUAACGAUCAAACUGCAGCCGGACAUUUGUCAAAUCACUGAUGAGAACGACGUGACAUUCACACCAUUCGAAACGGGUAAUCCAAAGAAUGGCGAUGGCGCAACCAAUGCAGACGAUGUGGACAAACUGAGAGAGAAAAAGAAUGUUUUAAAUCUAGGUACAAAUUAUAAAAUUACCGAUAACAACAAAACAUACACCUAUUCGAAUAAUAAGGGAAAUUUGCCAUGGCAACCGACUUUGGAGAAUGGCAAUUCGCUGGAACGCAAUUCGGCCGAAUCAAGCCGUAGUUUGCAAUCGUAUGCACCGGGUGAAAUCUAUGAACCGAUCCUGAAGGAUCGUCCACGCGCAAAAGCCCACACCGGUCGAUCGUUUAACAUUGACGGCGAUAAUAAGAAAACGAGUAUAUUUGCCGAGGAAGAGAUUAUGGAGCCCAUUCUCAAGGCCACAACUGCUCGCAAUCGAAAAAUGAAACAAGUUCCAUUUGAAUCGAGCACAACACGUGACAAUACCUAUUUUAAUGUUCAAUUGCUGCCAUUCCGAUUGGGUGAAAUAUUUCAACGGGCCGAAAAAUACGCACGUGAAACCCUGUUGCCACUCAUUUCCGAGCAAGCGCCGCGUUUUUUUGGUUUUGGCGUCGAUCGCGAGGAACCGAAUCAGAGGCGACCGAAAUAUAUACCGAAAAUAGGUGAUAUUAGAAAUGAAACAGUCAUUCGUGAGCGUCGAAUCAAUUUACCACCUGUUCUAAACGAUACUGUAUUCAUUGUAGAUAGUUCCGAUGAUGAAUUCGACACCGAGUUCAGUGAUCCCAACGAAAAAGGGAAUGCAACUACCACAACUAUCACCACCACCACCAUUGCUGCCGCCGCCGCCGCUGAUAUCAAGCGAUCCGAUUCAAAUGAAGCGCAAAAUGUGGUGAUCGAUUCGCGUGGUUCGAAAAAUAUUCUAAGCUUAUUGCGAGUUAGAGAAAAGCGAACAUCAUCAGCACCGUUUCUAAACUUUCAGGAUACAAACCAAGGUCGAUCCAUGCCAUCACCACAAUCACCGUCAUCAAAUUACUAUACAAAUGCUGAGGCAAUCAAAAACGAUGACAAUCUGAAAGUAGUUCGUAUUAGUUUGCCAACAUACAAACCGCCCGCUAAAUCCGUACCGUCAGUUGUCGCAUCGUUUUCAAAGCCAAAAUCACGUCGGUCUUCAUUUCCAUACCAAUUCGAAAUUCCCGCCGAUCCGCUUUAAACAAUAUGACAUCAUCAGCAAACACACAAACAAAUCCACGAAUUUUCUAGUCGAAAAAUGGCGUCGUGUUCAGAAAGCGUGUUUUCAUCGAAAAUAUUACACAGAUAUAUUUUUUUGGCUGCUUGAGCUCAUCAGAUAAUUUCAUUUUUUUUAGUUGGAAACUAUUCUCUCUGCAAAGCGAUACUUCGCACAUUUCAAUCGAACGAUUUCAAGCAAAAAAAAAAAAAAAACAAAACAAAACGAUAAGAACAAAUACAAUUUUUCUGUAUUUAAACGAUUUUAAACGAGACAUUUAUGGAUAGAAUUAAUAAUUUAUUUGAGUUUAAAAUGAAUGGAACGACAUUAUUGGUCGCUCGAAACGAACACAUAUAUUUUCUUUUCUCUGGAGAAUAGACUUCUUUACAUUUCUCAUAAAUAUUAAUGAAUCUAAAGAUUAAACAUACUUUGACAAGAAAAGAAGGAGAAGAAGAAGAAGAAGCAGGAAGAAAGAAUAUUGAGUACAGUUCGUAAGAUAUUAUAGCUCAAACGGUUGGCUCAAAACUAUAGCCAGAAGCUACCAGUUUUGGGCUCUUUCUUGUUUUUAAAUAUGCUCAGAUGCUUUACAUGAUAUCGAAUUACAUUUAAGAAAAUGUUGAAAUUACCGCUAUUUGUAAAUUUAUCGUUAUUUACAUUGUUUUUAUAAAUAAAUAUUGAAAAAUUA